GCGCCACAUCCAUCGGCCUUCCUGGAGAACCUGCGAAGCAAGCGCUUCGUGGUGGGGCGGCAGACAGUUUCAGAGCAGCUCUUCAGCAACAUGGAUCUCAUUGCGGCCUCCCCAAGGCCGAGGAUCGCAAGAAAUGCGGCGCAUGCGGAAGUGUCGCAGGACUUUGGGCAACCGCAGCUGCCAUGUCAGAGCGGCCGAAACGGGGGCAGUGCCAGCCAUCCCCAAGCAGUCAUGUCGGAAAGAUCCCCGUACGCGUCAUCGCCGAAGCGUGCUGCAUUUUUCGCUGAUGAACUCAGCGUUGCCACGCCGGGCGCUUCCACCGCCACGCCGGUCACGCUGCGCAGCCUGCGGUCCACGCCUGACAGCAGGACCUGGCCCGGCAACGCAGAUGUCCCACGCACUGCUUCCUUCGGCGUUGGUGCUGCCACCUUCGGCUCGCCAUCAUCUCGGCUGGCCUUGGCAGAGUUGGAGCUUCUGGUGGCCGAGGUGGAGGGCGAGUUGCAGGGGCUCGAGACGUCCUGCUCAAGACCCCUGAUGGGGAACUCUCCUGGCCGCCCUUUCUGGGGCUUCGGCUGCAGCCCGGAAGAGCUCUCCAGGCGCGCCAUGUCCUGUGGAGGGCAGCUGAAGUCUGCAGCACAGCGUGCCCGAGCGCUCGAACC